CCCUCUGCUGCUGUUCAUAAGCUCUCCACGAUGAGUCGCCCGGAGCUGCAGACUCCUCCGGAGUUGUUUUACAAUGACAAGAUGUCCAAGAAGUACAACUCCAACUCUCGAAUGGUGGGGAUUCAGGCGGAGAUUUCGGACCGGUGCAUCGAGCUCUUGAACAUACCGCCAGGGCAAUCGUACUUCAUUCUGGACGUCGGAUGCGGCAGCGGUCUGAGCGGAGAAGCGUUGGAAGAAGCCGGCCAUGUCUGGCUUGGCGUAGACAUCAGCCGCGAUAUGCUCGACGUUGCGAACGAACGGGAGACAGAUUUCGGUGACUUGUGUCAACACGACAUGGGCACUGGGUUACCGUUCCGACCAGCGACGUUCGACGGCUGCAUCAGCGUGUCUGCUUUGCAGUGGCUGUGCUAUGCGCAGACGAGCGAGCAGGUAGCGAAGACCCGUUUGCUCCGUUUCUUCUCGUCGCUGUACGCGACACUCAAGCGAGGCUCCAGAGCGGCGCUACAGUUUUACCCGGAUAGCACCGAGCAGGCGGUGCUCAUCUCCUCUUGUGCUGCCAGGGCGGGAUUCACCGGGGGGCUGGUGAUUGACUAUCCCAACUCUACCAAGGCCAAGAAGUACUACCUUUGCCUGAGCUUCGAGCAUGGCUACAAGACACCGGCGGCGAAGCGGGCCGAACCGGAGGGCGGCGCAGCGGCGGCCAAGUUUGAUGGUGGCAGCAGAGAGAGGCGCGGACACCGAGGGAAGCCCAAGAAGGGCAAAGUUGCCAAGACCCGAAAUUGGGUGUUAGCCAAGAAGGACCAGCAGCGGCGGCAGGGGAGGGACGUCAGAGACGACAACAAGUUUACAGGUCGCAAACGAAAGGACAAGUUCUGAUGUAUCAGGCUGGAGGCUGGGCGCUGGGUGCUGCCAUAGCUGGACAGGGGAUGCUCCCCUUCGUUUUCGAAAAUGUUCCCUUGUCUCUACCAUGCUUCCUUUGUUGUGUUUCCGAAGAUGUUUCCUUGUUUCGAACAUGAGUAUGUAUACAGACAUGAUUCGAUGCCCGUUAGGUGGCGUGAGUAGAUCGAGAAAUGUUACACGUCGUCUGUGUGUGCCGUGUGUCAUGGUUGAGGUUAUCUUCGGAUGGAUGCGAAUUUAGCUUCGAGGCAUAGUCUAUAUAUCAAGUCUCAGUGAGGACCGCAUUUGAUUGGAGGCGGCGAACUGCUGCACUUGCAUGGAUGAAUCUGAGAGCAGAGUGGAUCACGAUCCAAGAUUCACGUGAGAUCCUUGUUUUUCGUUCCAGCUUCAAGAAGUAGGUAGGGUUAGGGCUCGGAGCAAGGCAACUGCAAACUUC